GUAUUCUGUGUUCCUCACCUAACCUCCCCUCCUUGUAUUUUUCUUGCAGUGGGCGCAUACAUUAUAAGGAUAUGUACAGUUUAUUACGAGUUAUCUCCCCUCCCCUGGGCCUUGGCAAGAAAUGCCCACAUAGGGUGGCCUGCAAGAGGCUGCUGCGCAUGGAUCUACCAGUUGCCGAAGAUAACACGGUGCAUUUUAACUCUACCCUCAUGGCUCUGAUCAGGACAGCACUGGAUAUAAAGAUUGCCAAGGGCGGUGCAGACAAGCACCAGAUGGAUGCAGAGCUCAGAAAGGAGAUGAUGGCUAUUUGGCCGAACUUAUCGCAGAAGACACUGGACCUGCUGGUUACACCACACAAGGCAGCCACAGACUUGACAGUGGGCAAAAUCUACGCUGCCAUGAUGAUCAUGGAAUACUACCGCCAGAGCAAGACGAAAAAGAUGCAGGCCCUUCGAGAGGAACAGAACCGAACGCCAUUAAUGUUUCAGCGCAUGGAGCCACCCUCUGAGGGAGGGGGCAUGGACGGCCAGGGGGGCCAAGGACUGAACGGCCUCCCCAGCACCCAACCAGACAACCUCAACAGCAUACCUCCUGAGGGGGGCAUGACUGAGAGCCAGUCGUGGGUGACAGCAAAAGCCCAGGAAAUGUUCCAAAAGACGGGGAACUGGAGCCCAGAUAGACCCUACCCCGAAGAUCUCCAUGACAACCGUCACAAUCCGCAGACCAUUACUGACACAAGUCCAAUGCAUCGCUCCACCUCCAGCCUGGUCCAUGGGCGCACAGGCCGGGGCGUGAGGCUGGACGACUACUCCCUGGAGAGAGUGGUGUCUGAAGAGGGUCGUCACGGAGGACGCAGGCACAGAGAUAGGAGUCAUCGUGCCUCGCAGCGCUCCCUGACCCGAUACACCGAUGCAGACACGGGCCUGGGCACAGACCUCAGCACUACUACGCAGUCAGGCGACCUUCCACCUAAGGAGCGCGAGCGGGACCGUGGCCGGACCAAGGAUCGUCAUCAUCACCAUCACCACCACCACCAUCACAGCUCUGUUGACAAGGAACGCUAUGGCCCAGACCGCCACGACUACUCCCAUAGGCAUCCCCAUGAUCGCCACUGGUCCAGGUCACCAAGUGAGGGGCCCGAUGGACGAGGACACAGACAGGGCAGUAGUUCGGUCAGCGGCAGCCCAGUCCCUUCGACCUCGGGGACCAGCACUCCGAGAAGAGGCCGUCGCCAGCUUCCCCAGACCCCUGCUGUCCCCCGUCCACAUGUCACCUACUCCCCUGCCGUCCGCAAACCAAGCUAUGGCCCCCCAGGGCCUGGUCGACUGCGCUCUCCCUCCCCCCGACACUUCUCCCCACCAGACCACGACAUAGGCUACCACCACAGACCUGCAUCAAGACAGGCUUCUCCACACCACGGGGGUUCCUCAUCCCGGCACGGUUCACCACGCUCUCCGAGGCACCAGUCACCCCUCCAUGGCUCGCCCAGAUCCCCCCACAGAGGCCGGUGGAGUGGACCUCUGCCAGGAGACAGUAUGGAGGGUGAUGGGCCCUUCUAUGAACGCGACUAUGAGUAUGAGCGGCACCAUGAGCCCCCUGCCUAUGAGCAAAGCCUAUCCCAUGGGAACCCUCACUCACAUGGAGGAAAUCCUCACCCACACCCACGCUCGCCUAGGACUGCCCGCCACGGGCCCCCUCCACCCCCUCACCCACAUUCACGUAGGGUGCCUAAUGGCUACCGUUCAUCCUCACCUUCCCCACAUCGUAGGGGGCCACCUGGGGUGCCUCCCCAUCCGCACCACCGCCCUCCCCAUGCCCGAGGGCCCCGCAAGGGUCCGCACGAACCUUACAGUGAGACAGACGAGGAUGACUGGUGCUAGCAACCACAGGGAGCAAGGGAUAUGGGCAGGAGAAAAAGAGAAGAAUAGCAGCCUCUGGUGCUCUGGCCUUGGUCAUGUAGUCUUUAGUAAAGUAAAGUAGGGGGACAUUUUUUGGGGGGUAGAACACCCCUCUGACCCUCCAACUUCCCCCCUAAGACUCUUAAACAGAGGAGGGGCAAAGGGGAUGGGGGUGAAGGUGCUGCAGAUUUUGCAGUUUGUGUGUAGGACUCAAAUUAGUGACGGAGCAGCACAUGGAUAAAAGGACAAAAGACAAAUCCAAGACAACUAAAAGGCGCGGGCUGGGCCCAGUUUGACGCUCCCUCUCCAGGUCUCAGAACUACACGUCGCAGAAUACAAUGCUUGACCAGCAAGGACGGGCUGCAAGAGGAGGAAGAGAGAGGCGUGGGAACAGCAAAGCGAGGGAGUAGCAUGUAAAUGCCUAGGGAUUAUCACAGUUUACGAGGCCUAAAAGCACUUCUCCCAGACUGUUGUGUUGUGGGUUAGUAUUUUCAGAUGUUUACUGUCUGUAGCUGGCAAGUCUGCAAAUUUAAAAGCCUAAAAAUGAGCUGGAACAUGGAGUCCACUACUUUGACUCUGCUUGUUUGACUGAUGUGUUUAAAGAAAAAUAUAACAAAAGCCAGGAGCCCCCUACCCAUACAUGCCAAGCUAUGCCUCCAGAAAAUCAAACUUGAACAGUUAAGAACAACAAUGAAACUUUACAUGACAAACUAUGAAAAGAAAAAAAGGGAGAACAACCACUUUAUCUCUAACCUUUUUCCUUUCCAAGGGACAGAACCAGGAAGCUCCGCCUAUACUGCAAAAACCAGCCAUUCACAGCGCUGGCUGAUAUUUGAUGAGUUUUAUCAUCUCUGUUUACUGUUAAAGACUCACUCAAUGCUGACGGAACUGGUGUGACAUCACUUCCUGUCCGGUGUUGGUCGUGGUUGUAGUGGAAUGGGGCAGGGCACAGUGUUGUUUCACUUCCUGCUGAUUGCGCUAUGAACAGGGUGGGCUCAGGUAACUUGAGAAGGGAGUUGGGCACUUUGUCAAACUCCUUCCUUCUCUGUUUCUCCACUCGUCGCAAAACAAGGGAUGACCUGACAGGAAAUGACAUCACACAGGUUGAAUGUGGCGGAGGAGAGGAAAGGAGGGAUGGGGAAAAGACUAAUUUCUUCAGUAUUUCUUCUAUUGAUUACUUCUCCUUCUUGUUCUUCUUGGACAUUGGAGCUUGGUUCUUCUGUUGCAUUUGCUCAGCCUCCUUUGAUCUUUUUGAUCUUUGAGUCCAAAAUUUGAUGGAAACCUGCAUGAUUGAUUAAAUACAUACUAGAGAGGAAAUCUAACCAGUGUGGGUGGGACCUGGGGGCUUUAUAGAAAACUUUGAAUUUAGGUUUACAAAAGAAGUUCUCUUCUUUCAGACUCUCUCUCUCUCUCUUACAUCUCAAAUGGAAUUUUGGUUAAAUUUUUACCUAAAAGAAGUUCUAACUUUCGGCUAUUUUGUCUGUUUUCUGCCAACACGGUUCAAAAGUUUCUAUAACUUGUUUAAAAAAAAAAAAACGAAGAACAGUGCAGGACCACAUUUAAGUUUCCUGUUGUUCUUGAGAAACACGAGGGAGAAUGAGUAAGGAGAGAGACAGACUUCUACCACACUUGAUUUAUUAUUUUUGAUGAUGAUAGUCUUAUGAAUAAUGAUAUCAGUGUCAAUGCAAAAUGACAAUGACAAUGAUGAUGAUGAAAAUGAUGAUUGAUGAUAUGUUGCUGUAGAUUUGUAGUCAUGUUAUUUGGGGUUUAAGUAUGCUAUGUCCAUUUUGUUUACAUGCAUUAUAUUUUGAUCUCCCUCCGUUCAAUGACGUUUACCGGGUUCCUGAUGCUUUCUUGCAACAUUUGGUGCAAUUGUGGCAUAGGAACAAUCGUUAGGGUUGCGUGUUGUAACGCAACUCUUAAGAUACACUCUCUAUUCAGAAGGUUGGAGGGCAGGGGAGCUUUGGUACUUGACUUGCAAGGAUUUAUGGGGUCAGUACUCUUGUCAAACCAACCCAAAGAUCAAGAAUUCAGGCUCAGAGGAAAGGGUAAACCAGAACAUUGAGAAGUGGAAGAGUUUUAUACUGCAGAGAUUUCAAUCAAGCCUGUUUUACAAAGGAUGAAUUCUUCCACUGGCAGCCAAAAAAUAACAAAUCUCAAUGUUUCCCUCUGUCAGGUUCUGUAGCUUUGUAGUGAGAUUGAUUCCUGACAGCACAGUAUUGGUGGUAUCGUGUUGGUGUCAGUAUUAUGUGGUGGUGUUCUCCUAUUUAACCCCUGGGGGGCAGUUAUCAACACACAUUAUUCUGCCUGCCUUUCCCCCUCGACAGGACAGCCUCGUGGCCACAUCCUGGUUUCUAGACCUGGAGUGAGAUCCCUGCUUAUAACUAUCUCUUACAUCAUUGGAAGAUACAUGAAGUCCAGUCCUAGUCAGGAAACUUGGAUGUAGCCUUGGAGAUGCCAUAUCUGUCCGAUUGUCAGUCCGUCCUUUGUUUGCCUGUCUGUGCCAAUGCUGACCCCAAGGCCCCUCCAGCCCCCUCUCUCAGGUCUGGAUAACCAGAGAACAGUCACCAAAUCACCAAUCCAGUCAUUCAAGGUUGUAGCCAAACUGAAAUCUCCUCUGCCAAAAGCCACUUCAGUAUCCACAGACCUCUCUUUCCUCAUCGAUCUUAAUUAUUUUCUGUCCAUUUGCUUUGACAUCUGUUAUUUCAGCUUGCAAGAGAGUAACACUAAAGGCAUUACAGGACAGAAACACUGAGGAAUAAUUAUUUCAUCCUUCUUUUUUUGAGGGACAAUUAUAGAAUAUUCAAUAACUCUAGGACAUGAAGAUAAAGUAUAGAUAAAUAUAGAUGAUAAACUACAUAUAAUCUAGGUAUAAUACAGUAGAUUUAGUUAUAGAUAACAAAGUUUUUAAUAAUAAGAAUUUCAAAGAUUUAUUUAUUUAUUUUGCAUACCGCUCAUGACACAGUAGAUACUCUUGGAAACCUUGCACUGUUUUCUUCACAGUCGAUCAAGCCAGAAAAUGAACCCUUGCCCACGUGUUCUGACUAUGCAGACCUCAUAAGCGUCCUCGUAGUAUUCUUUCAGAGGAUUAACUGCAAUGCUGUAAAAGGGAAUAAUAAUAUAGAAGCACUCUGAUUUAUGAAAAUGUGAAGAUUGACACCACGUUUGCACACGUCUCAUGACAUCACACCCACGACAAAACCUUUUUCAUUCAAGUACUUCCAGCUGACCCCCCCCCCCCACACACACACACACACACACACACAGACACACACACACACACUGAAAAAACUGAAAUGUUUUCCCUCCAGUCCUGCUGUUAAGCAUAGUGUAGUAAAGAUUUGGAAAGCAGGGGGGUUGUUUUGUUGGUUGUUAAUUUGUUCAACAGAAGUCGAGGGGCGCACACCCAAAACCCUUCUGCUCUCCCCUCCCCUCCCCUCAAGAGAGGCUAGGCAGGAACCCCUACAGAGCCACAGUGCCUUCUGUAUCAGUCAUAGUCAUCAGUACGCAAAUCUCCUCGCCUCUAGCCGCUCCCGCCUAUCCCCCCCCCCAUGUACACUCUGUAGUUGUUGUGAUCAACCAAACUACGCCUUAAAAGUCAAGUCUAACUGCCUCUCAUGUUAACAUAGAAAUAUUGCAAGCAGUAAUUUGAGGACUGGGCCCUGUGAGGCAACAGCAAUGAGGCUAGCCUUGAUGUAGAUGAUGAAGAUUCCUUAUCAAAUCUGGGUUUAGAUUAUUCAAAAUCCCUUUCAAACAAAAAGAUUGUUGUGUUAACCAAAAAUAAAGAACCAAGUCAGAGAGAAUAUUAAUUGUUGAUACUAUUGAUGUUGCUAACAAGCUAGGCCUCUUGGCUUUCCCCCCCCCCCGUUAUACCAAUUCUUCACAAAAAGCGAUGCGAAAGAGCUAGCAAAAAACCUGAUGAUUUCAGGUCUUCUCAAUGAGAAUGUCCUUGACUGCACCACUUGUCAGCGAACAGUCCAGCUGAAGUUUUGCCUGUUUGACACUCAAUCCACCAAAGUUUGAGCACUCGCUGUAUGUUAUUAAGUAGUGUUAGCUUUUGCAUAUUGUGUCCAUCCAAGACAUGUCGUGGGUAACAUUUCAGAAGGUGUAGUAUGAGGUUUACAGAGGUGCAAAGCAGUUUGCUUACUUCUCAGGUCCAACUAGAGUUAGGUAGCUAGCUAGUUAGCAAAUGUAGAAAAGAAUCAGCUAUAAAAAAAAAAGCAGGUCACACAUUGAGUUAUUGUAUGGUUUUACCUGGCAUGGGUUCAGACAAUAUGUUAACCCCACCCAGACCCCCUCCUGUCACUAACUCAUAUUUCACACUCUGACCCCUCCACUUCCCCAUCAGCAGCCUGCAGACACACCAACACUUGACAAGGUCAAGUGUGUUGACUGGCAGGAAAAAACCCACCUCCAUUUUGGCUCCACAACACCACUUGCUUGUCCAGAAUUGUAACAGCAGAUCCAAACAAUGCACAACAAUGCCCUUGUGUGAAAUCAAGUUGUGUUUUUGCUUUUCCGAGAACACUACCAUUGGGGAGUAGGAGUGGAUACAAUUCUUUCUUUAUCUUAAUAUUUGUUUGGCAGGGUUUUUUUUAAUGGGGUUUAGGGGUGUUGCAAGAUUUAUUCUCAGUCAUGGCUUCUCUCCAAAUCUGCUUUCUGUAUGUUUACCCAUCAGUCUAAACCUCUAACUAAUCCGGGUUUCUUUGAAUUUCCCUCUAUGUAAUGGGGUAAAAGAAAAAUUAACAAGACAAACCAACCCAUCCACUCAGUCGGCUGUGAAAUUGUGUCAGUGGGUCAGUCUUGAGGCAAUGUGUCGACAAAAACACUAUUAAGGGCUCUCUUUAAAAAAAAAAGUACACAGUGGGUUUUAAUGUACAGUUGUGCUGCCAAAAGUUGUGCUUAUGUAGCUGAAGCCACGCCGUGGUCUCCCCUUUGUACAGCACUAGAUGUGUGCAUGCGUGUGUGUAGGGAGUUGAGAGCAAGGCAGGGAUGGAGGGAGGGAAAGGCGGGUGGGUCAAAAAGCAAUGAGAGAGGUUUUGAUAAUUAGAAUGUUCGUUUAUGGGAUGGACGGGGGGGAUUGUGGGAGGGAGUGCAGCAGCAGAGGUUGUAGUGAUUUUAACACACAAUAUCACAGUGGCACUGGACCACUUUUCAGGCUCAUCCUCAUGCUCAGAAGACAUUUCAUCAUUGUCACUCGAUCCACACAUGGUCACACUUUGAGGGGGGCUGCAACAGGAGAACACUACUGCUUAUGCUGUGUGUUUGUGUGUGUAUGGUAGUUUGUCAGUGUACAUGUUUGCAAGUGUUCUGAGGUCUGAAUGAGCAUAUUUAGGGCUAUAGCUGAAUAUUUUAACUAUUGAUUAAUCUGGCAAAUUAUUUUUUUAUGUUUAAACACUUAGUCAUGUUGUUAAUAAAAUAUCCAAAUAGUUUUUAAUAAAAGCCAAUAUUUGUACACUUCAUACAUUUCCAGUUGUUUUUGGACUUUGCUGGAAUACACCCAUUUAUAAUUUAAAAAUAAGGCUUUCUCUUAAUUCUAAAUCCUUUUCUUUUUUUACCAAAAGGGAAUUUAAGUUCCCGAAAGGCUCAAUACACAUUGUACAUCUUGUAGUUUGAAAUAAGAAUAACAGCAAACCUGACUAAUAACCAAUUAUAUCAAGUUGCAAAUUAUAAAUUACAAUGGAGGGAGAAGUUACUGUUAGUACCAAUUGCAAAUUAUACAGAGAAAGGUCACAUUGUGAAAAUAGAUGGUAAACAACUAAAGAGUUUUGUUUUUUAGCACAUAAUCAAACAGACAAAGACAGUCCGUAAUCCUAGAACCAACAAAUUAUCAUUUUAAUCAAUACAUUAAAAAUGAUUUGUUUUAAAUAUUUAUUUACAAUCCCAUUUAUAAACAUUUUGGUUUGUGUGUGUGUGUGUGUGAUGUGUGUGUCUGUGUUCUUUAUAUGCGUCUGUGUUCUUAUGUGCAAGUGUCCUGACACCAUCAGCUACAGUAGGUAACCCGCAGUGCCUUAAACUGUACAGGACACAACGAUUUUUCCCUCUGAGAUGGUCCCAGUGCACGCAAUCAAGAUUUUCAUGUCCUCAUUCCCAUCUUCAUCCCCUUCCCUCCCUCACUCACUCACUCCUUAUCUCCUUCUGGGAUCAUUCAAAAAAGCCUGGAUGGGUGAGGGGUUUUUUUAGAGGGUGGGAUAGAAAAUUCUGUCAUUUCUCACACUCAUUAUCUUCCUUGCGUCUGUUGUAUAUUUUGACUGUAAUUCCUGUGUAUAUAAUCCAUAAACUUUCUGAAAAACUCACGGGUUCAUCUUCAUUAAUUCCAUCUCCUCUGGCUGUGUUUUAUUUUUUAUUUUCAGCAUGGUCACAUUAUGUUCUUUCUGCUCAUAUUCCUCAUGUAAUACCAUUCAUAAACACAAGGUGGUGGGAUUUAGCUUUCACCAUUAUCACUCUUUAUGCAAGGUGUACAGCAUGUCUCUGUACGCAGCGUAGGUUGAAUGAGUCCAUGCCAGUAUGUGUGGGUGUGUUUUGUCUGAGAACGUCACUCUGAAAUGAUGUGGAUUUGUCGUUGUCUGCACAUUCAGUUCUUUAUGAAUUCAGCAAAUAUUAGGGAUGAUAUUUUUGAUCAUUUCUGCACUUAAAUCAGUCUUUCCUCCACCUGAUAAUAUGCUCUGUCAAAUAACAAAAUGUAUUCACAAGACAAAGAAAGCUUGUGUACAAAUAAAGAAGGAAAAAUACCAAAUUUAUUAUAUUUAAAAAUAACUAAAGCUACUGCUGGCUGUUAACUAGUCACAAAUAAUUGCCAAAAACCAUAACUGGCUAACAGUUGGCUACAGACACAAAGCAAAAUAGACAUUGACAUGGACUUGUGUCUGUCUGUGUCCAUGUGACAAAUUUAUGUCAAUUGUUUAUGCCACUUUGUUAUUUUCGUCUCCAAAGUUGGUACUGUAUAGUCUACCUGUUUCAUGGGCAGCUAGUUGCUAUCUACACUUUCUGCCAUUUACGAGUCAAUCAGUCAUUCUUCAUUUGCAUAGAGCCAAUUUAUAACAAAUGUUAUCUCAAGACACGUACAGGUGCUGUUGCUAAAUGCACAAAAUGUUAACUAUAAUUUAGUUGCUUAAAAUGAUAAGUUUUCUCAAAUAACCAAAGAAAGCCUGUUUACAAACUAACAAUAGAGAAACAAUUAGGUAUUGAGACGUGAUGGAUUAAAGUUUUACUCUGCUAAUGGUUAGAUACCAAUGCUUGACGGCCAAAGUGCUGUUAUUUUCUGAUGCGUUCAGCAGACACGGAGCAACAUUGAGCAUUCAUAGAGGCUUUUAAAUAAUGUCAAAUACUGAUGCGCUCUUCAGCUCUUUUGGUCUACACCUGUUCCCAACAAAAAGUAGCCUACAUCUGGUCCCUCUAGUUUCUAACUUCCAAAUCGCACAGAGUUCCACUUUCAUGAAUUUGUUUGAAGAAGCAUCAACUGAGCUAAGCACUAAUGUGACCUAAUAUGAACUUAUUUGAUAAAUGCACUACCAACUGCAAGGGCUCAGACUAUUUUUAAAAAGAAAUACAGAUAUAGUAUUGCCUUAAACACUGCUGAUUAAGGGGUGCUGGCUUUGCCCUGUUGGUGGAACAAGGUUUGCCUUGUUGCGUUGGAUUGGGGUUCAGCCCCCAAUCCAGAUGCUAUUAGGUGCAAGUCAUCCACGCUCUCUCCCCACAUUUCCUAUCACUCUAUGCCUUUCCAAUCUAAAAAUAAAGGCAGAGCCCUGAAAAACAAUCUUUAAAAAAAAGUGCUGAUUACUUAAAGCAUAAACUUGCAAUGAAUUGCUUUCAAGGCAUGAUAGUUCAAGCUUAAUAUUAGCCACUGAUGCAUGAUGG